AUGUUCGUCGCCAGAUCAGAAUACGACCGGGGGAUUAACUUCACCUCCUCGGAGAUCAACCCCUCCCCCCUAGCUAACAUACCCAGCACCUUCUCCCCCGAAGGCCGCCUCUUCCAAGUCGAAUACUCCCUCGAAGCGAUCAAACUCGGCUCGACUGCGAUCGGCGUCGCCACCUCGGAAGGUGUCAUCCUCGGCGUGGAAAAGCGCGUAACCUCUACCCUCCUGGAAACCUCCUCGGUCGAAAAGAUCGUCGAAAUCGACCGGCACAUUGGCUGCGCCAUGUCCGGGCUGCAAGCCGACGCCCGGUCGAUGGUCGAACACGCACGAGUCGAAUGCCAGUCCCACGCGUUCCAUUAUAACGAGCCGUUGAGAGUGGAAAGCUGCACGCAGGCGAUUUGCGAUCUGGCUCUGAGAUUCGGAGAGAGUGCCGAUGGGGAGGAGAGUAUCAUGAGCCGGCCGUUCGGCGUGGCGCUGCUGAUUGCGGGGAUUGAUGAAGAUGGGCCGCAGCUGUAUCACGCAGAGCCAUCGGGAACAUUUUAUCGCUAUGAUGCGAAGGCGAUCGGGAGCGGGAGUGAGGGGGCGCAGGCGGAGUUGCAGAAUGAGUAUCACAAGUCCCUCACCCUCGCCGACGCCGAGACACUUGUGCUCAAGACGCUCAAGCAGGUCAUGGAGGAGAAGCUCGAUGCCAAGAACGUGCAGCUGGCCAGCGUCACCAAGGAGCGCGGCUUCAGAAUAUACACUGACGAGGAGAUGGCUGCUGUUGUCGCCCGUCUGCCGGCCAACUGA